AGCCAUCUGCAACUUAAGCUCUCUACAACACCAUCCCCUAGCACUACAGGUCUGUAUCACACACAAAAGAAAGGAAGCCAUGGGCGUGGACAUUGACAUUGACAUCCUAUUUGAGGCUUUGUCGGCCGUCCUCGGGGUGACGGUUCGUCCCAAAUCCUGCGCGCCGCCAGAGGUCGUGCAGAGUUACUGCCCGUUGCACCCGCACCCCGACGUCCUGUCCGUCAACGACUUCCUGUCGGCCGUCUGGUUCGACGACGAGUUCUGGCAGGACGUGCAGGAGCGCAAGACGGGCGUCCGUAGCCGGCCUAGUCUCCGCAAUGACCUCUUCAUCAUGGACGACGAUUUCUUCGAUCCACGCUUUGACUGCGACUUUACCAACGUGAAGGACAGUGGCACGUACACAAGGGGCGGAGAAAUCUACAAGCGGCCCUAUGGGUGGAAGAGAUUCGCCCUCAAGGUGCUCAAUAAAUACCCUGAUGGCAACGCCUGGCUUGGGUCAAAAGGCUACCGGCACGGUUCCGACCCACACGAGUGGCCCGUGUCCUACCACGGCACCAGCAAGCAGGGCGCGGAGGGCAUCAUUGGCAGCAACUACAAGGCCGGCAGCGGGGCGGUGUACGGCCGCGGCAUCUACUCCACGCCAGACAUCACAGUCACAGAGAGAGACGGCUACGCCAAGAAGUUCACGUCCAAGAAAAAUGGCAAGACAUACAAGGUGUGCCUGCAGAAUCGCAUCAACCCCAAAGUGAGGAAGAUCACCUCACGCUCAGAGUACUGGCUGGUACCCGUGCCUAAUGGCACCCCCCCUGACCAGGAGAGAAAGAUCGUCAUGGCUGCCAUCCGGCCGUAUAACCUGCUUCUGAAGGAGGUGUGAUGAAGGAUACAAGGAUACAAGAGUGUUUAUGUCUUAUAUACUUAGAGACACUUGCACGUCAAAUGAAAUGGAUGUGCAGAAUAAAGGUGUGUGUGUUUGUGUGUGUGUGUGUGUGUGUGUGUGUGUGUGUGUGUGUGUGUGUGUGUGUGUGUGUGUGUGUGUGUGUGUGUGUGUGUGUGUGUGUUCAGUCCAAUCAUUAGGAGUUCAAUAAAUGAAUGGCUUGAGGAAAGAAACUCCUUCUCUGUCUCUCUGUACUUGCCCUAUGACAGCAAAGUCACCUGCCAGAUCUUAAUUUUCGGAAAAGUCCAUAUCCUUGGUGUGACUGGUCUUUGAGAAUUUUAUGGGACCUAGAUUUUACUCCCUUAGAUGGCCUUCACGGCAGGCUGAGGUGCAUGAAUACAGCGCUCAGCAGAGCGCACUACUCUUUGUAAUUCAUUACAUUUGUGCAAAAAGUAUAGCCGCUGCCUGGAUUUCUUUAUAAUGUCUUGUGGGAUUUUUGUCCAUGUUAAAGGAGAACUUUAGCCAAUUUCAAUAUGCUGUUGUAUUGUUCCCGCUACCCUUGACUUGUCAGUACCUGGUGAUGCUGCAUUUUUCGGCUCAGCCCUUUCUGAGAUUUGAGCUAUUCUAAUGGGGGGAGACUUUGUUUACAUUACAACCUUCACAUAGGCCUACUCAAAAUAUUAUCCCAAAAAGUAUCGCUCUUUGCCAGUUGUCUACUGAUGUUGCAUAACCUUUUGGAUGUUAUUGUGAAUAAAUCAAGAUGUUUUUUUGUUUUAAAUAAAUGUAAACAUACUCUGUCCCCAUUACAAUGACCAGGAUCUCAAAAAAGGCUGAAAAAGAAACAAAAAAAUAUCAGGUACUGACAAGUCCAGGGUAGUGUGAGCAUGUCGAAAUUGGCAGAAGUUAUCCUUUUAGUCACUUUGAAGGGUUAGCUUUAAAUAUCAGUCUUCACUAUCGUGAUUCUUUUCCUUUCUGAUGGACUGCUUUUGCUUUUGCUUUUGCAUGUCUCGUAUUGCUUAAUUAAAGCUGAUUGUGCCUUGUACACGGGGAGUAAGGCAAUUUUCUCCACCAACCAAG